UAGUAUUUUAUAAAAUGAAUAUGUGUUUUAAGUACGUAAUUUCUCAACUUAUUUAAGAUUUGGUUGAUAAAUGCCACCAAUUUGAUAAAUAAAUUAAAUAAUAGUAUAAAAUAAAAUAUUUGGUAUAUGAAGAUUAAAGUUGUUACCUAUAAAAUGCGGAACCUUGAAACCGUAGAGCCUUGAAGGAGCUGAUAUCUUUGAAGAGGGAAAAAAAAGGAGAAAGUUCAAGGUAGCAGUGGCAGCGAGAAUGCAAUGCAGAAGAUGGCAGACACACCAUCAGCAGAGAAAAAGGUUGAAAAGUGUAAACAGACGCAUGAAAAGGUUAAGAGUGGAGAUGAAAGAAAUAAGUGAAGAGCAAAGAGAGAUAAAAGUUGGGCAAAAAAAGGUAAGAGAAAAAUUUGAAGCCAUUGAAUUAGAAUGCGAGGAACUUCGAAAGGAGACUAUCCUUGUAACACAACAAACUGCAAACACUCAAAUCCGCCUUGCUCUUAUGUUCCAAAUCUUGAAAGCUAGACAAAACCAAGAGCUUGACAAGGCAACCAUACUCACUCAUGCUCUUCGUGAUUUGAUAGAGAGAGGGAACCAACAAAGGAAGCUUUGAUGGUAGAGGAUCUUGCUGCUACAUUACGGUCCCCAUCGUGUUGUAUUUUUUUUUUUUAAUAAUUUCAGGAAAUGUGGGCAUGAUUGUUUGUGAGGAUGCCUUCAAAUGGGUCUCUUCCUUUGUUUGGUUUGGUUGUUGUUUACUAUCUGUUUGGUCUUGGUCAUGGACAUGGUUGAUUUACUUGACUUAUAUUGAAUUAUCUUUAAUGCAAAA